AUGGUGAACCAAGCUCUGUCAGUGAACGGUGGAGGGACGUUCUACGGCACGACCAGCGCUAACAAAUACCAAGAGUCCGCGCCGCUCCUCAAGACCUCCCAGUCACCGCCGCAGCGCCGGCUAUCGCAAUGGUACACCAACAUGUUCAUGAUCAACUUCUUGGAGUUCGCGACCGAGUCGUCACGCGGCAUCGUGCUGCCUACGCUCUUCCUGUACACGUCGUCGCUGGGCGGCGAUCUGGCCUUCAUGGGCUUCAUCAACGCGCUCUUCUCGGUUGGUCGGCUCCUGUCGUCCACCGCGUUCGGCUGGAUGUGCGACCGCUACUCGUUCCGCUCGGUCUACCUCAUCUCGACGUUCAUUUGCCUCGUGGGCAACGUCAUUUACCUGAUCGCCGACGAGCACAUGGCCGGAAGUUUGACGGCUUUGGCGGCCAGUCGCUUCAUUGUGGGCUUCGGCGGCGGCAACCGCAGCGUGUGCCGUGCUGACGUCGCGUCGAUCACGACGAUCAACCAGCGCCUGCCGUAUUUGACGAUACUGGUCGCCGUCGUGUUCCUGGGUUACGCGCUGACGCCGGGUCUCGGCAGCCUCGUGGCCAAUACGGACCUGCUCUUCUGCGGCGUGCACUUCAACAAGUUCACGUCGCCCGGCAUGAUCCUGGUCGUGCUGAACGUGUUGACGAUCUUCGGCAUCCUCACUGUGUACGACGACAGCGUGACGGUCAAUGACGGACCGGAGGAAGAGGAGACCGAGGGAGGCCCGACCGUAAACGUGCCGCUGUUCAUCGCUGCAACUGACAGCGACCCCGAGAGCGUGAGCGCCGUCGUGGACGCCUCCAACUUCCAGUUCUACUUGGGUCUGCUGGGUCUGCUCUCGUACUUGUCGAUCGAGCUAUUCCGUCACAAGAUUCGCGAUGAGAACUGGGUGCACCUCGGUUUCGCGAUGGUGUUGGCGGGCAACGUGUUGCUGGCUCAGGCUCCGGAGAGUCUGACGCUCACGCAGUUGUCGCUGGCUGAGUUCCUGGUGUGGAGUGUGGGGUGCCCCAUCUCGACCACGGUAGUGCUGGCGGCGUUCUCGAAGCUGCUGGGCGGACGCCCGCAGGGAACGCUCAUGGGUCUGCUCGGCUCGACGGCGUGCAUCUCCCGCAGCGUGCUGCCGCUGCUCCCCGCAGUGGUGUCGACGCUGGAGCCAGUGUUCUGGAUCAACAUCGUGCUGUGCGCCAGCAGCAUCGUGCUGCUCUGGUGGUACACUGGUCUCGUGCACUGGACCAAGAUGGCGAUGCUGGCGGACGUAGAGAAUGCGUACCGGGCGGUGUCUCCACCAAAUGACCUUCGUUCCCCGCUCGGAUCGGACAAAGCGGACUUCCCGGAGAACGACUAA